CCAGUAAUCUGAGUCUAACGCAUCUGCAUGUAUUAUAGGAGUUAUAUAAAAGGAUGACGGGUGAUGCUGAGUAGGUAGUGUAGAAGCAGUCAUGAGGUUCGGAGCGUGUCUAGUGGCUGCGUGCGUGGUCACGCUUGCGCAAGCAGGAGGUUACGGCGGAGGAAGCAGUGGGGGCUAUGGCGGCGGCGGCGGCUACGGCGGUGGCGGCGGCGGCGGUUACGGCGGCGGUGGCGGUUUUGGCGGCGGCGACGGUGGCGGAGAAUUCCACGGCGGCUUCAACCUCGAAGGCAUCAAGAGCGGAGUCGACAAAAUCCUAGAUAAAGUCAGAUCUGGUAUCGACCACGCAAAGAGUGUGGGAGGCAGUGCCCAUGGCGGAGGUAGUUUUGGAGGUUCUGGCGGAGGAAAUGAGAAAGUAAUUUAUUCGAAGUCGGAUGAUGGUAAAUCUGGCGGGUUCGCCUUUACGGGAACUUUUGGAGAUGGCGGAUAUGGAGGAGGCGGUGGAUACAGCGGCGGUGGAUCUAAUGGAGGUGGCCAGGGAGGUUCAGGAGGUUCAGGAGGAGGUUACGGAGGCGGCAGCGGAUUUGGAGGCGGUGGUGGCCUUGGAGGCGGUGGAUAUAGCGGUGGAGGAAGCCAUGGCGGUUCUGAUGGAGGAUCAGGCGGAAUCUCGUUUGGAGGAAGCGGUGGAGGUGGAAAGGGCUACAGUGGCUCUUCCGGCGGCAGUCACGGCUCUGAUGGAGGUUCUGGUGGAAUCACUUUUGGAGGAGGUAGCGGAGGAAAGGGUGGCUAUGGAGGCGGAACCUCAUUUGGAGGUGGCGGGGGUUUUGGCGGCGGUGGCGGCUUCGGAGGCGGUAGCGAUGGUGGAAAAGCAGCUUAUGUCCAGAGUGGUAGUGGAAGUGGAAGCAGUGGGGGUGGAUUAGGAGGAGGUUUCGGAGGCGGAAGCCACGGAGGAUCAGGACAUGGUGGAUCAGACGGUGGAUCUGGCGGCUCUGGAGGCUACGGAGGAGGCGGUGGCCUGGGCGGAGGAGCGGGUGGUGCAUCUGGUGGAUCCGGUGGACAUAGUGGAUCAGGGGGAACAGGAGGAGGAUUUGGCGGUGCUGGGGGCUAUGGCGGGGGCGGUGGCCUCGGCGGAGGAUUUGGUGGUGGAUCUAGUGAUGGCGGAAGCCAUGGAUCCGGUGGACAUGGUGGAUCAGGUGGAUUAGGAGGUGGAUCUGCCGGAGGCUAUGGAGGCGGCGGUGGCCUGGGCGGAGGAUCUGGUGGUGGAUUUGGAGAUGGCGGUCAUGGAUCCGGUGGACAUGGUGGAUCAGGUGGAUUAGGGGGUGGAUCCGGUGGCGCAGGGGGUUAUGGUGGUAGCAGUGGCCAUGGGGGCAGUGAUGGUGGCCACGGUGGAGGCUGUGGCUCCUCCUCAUGUGGUUCUGGUGGUUCAGGAUCUGGCGCUUACGCCUCUGCCAGCGCAAAGGCUUCAGCGUCCGCUAGUUCCGGUGGCUACGGUUACGGAAAAUAGGUUAAACAUUAGCGUGUAAAUAUUAUGACUGUGAUCUUUGUAUAAUAAUGUUUAAAUGUAAUUAAAAUGUUUAUAUUUUUUCUAUGUU